GAUAGGAGAUUGUGGCCAUGUCAGCCUGAUGUGCUCAUGCUUCCUGGAAAGAAGUUUAGCUGCAGGUGGCUGAACAGGCUGUAAACCCAGUGCACUGAAGGAUUUUUCUUUUUCUCUGUAGGUGAUGCUAGCAAAGAAUCUGGAUGUGUCUCAAGGGCUGGUGAACGGGACACGAGGCGUUGUUGUAGGAUUUGAAAGUGAACAGAAGGGGCUGCCUAAGGUGAGGUUUCUCUGUGGGGUCACACAGGUCAUAAGAAUGGAGAAAUGGGUCUUCAAAGGACCAUCAGGAGUUCACCUGAGUCGUCAACAGCUGCCUUUAAAAUUGGCAUGGGCCAUUUCCAUUCACAAGAGUCAGGGCAUGUCUUUAGACUGUGUGGAAAUCUCCCUGUCUCAUGUCUUUGAAAGUGGGCAGGCUUACGUAGCUCUCUCCCGAGCCCGUCGCCUUGCAGGUCUCCGUGUUCUGGAUUUUGACCCAAAAGUAGUGAGAGCUGAUCCUUCUGUGCUGCAGUUCUAUAGACAGUUAAGACGUCAUCAGCUUUUAACCCAGGAUUCACUACACACCUAUUCAGAUGCUGAUGAGAAGGAGAAUGUGAAAUGCAGCUGAUAAUACUCUCCUGGUUUCUGUGAAGUGUCAGCACAGACUCCUGAGAUGCAGUGAUCUUGCUAUUGAGUAUAUUUGAUAACAUUUUUUUAGCUGUUUGCUUCAUUCAGCUGACUCUGGAUAUAUAGAAGUAUCUCUAUCUCAUGCCUCUGGAAUUUGGAAGGCUUCUGUAGCCCCUUUCUGAGCCCACAGACCUAAGUAAGCACUUCUGUGUCACAGAUGCAACUCCAGCAAACAAAAUGACUGAACAAGGAUGUUCCUGAGGGUCCUUCCUGUGGUUCUAUCCUGCCUGCCUAGUUGCAUUUAAUCCUCCACAUAUAUAGACUGAAACUGGUGUCCCUUUCUUCAAGUAUACCACUGUUGUGAGAUGGAAGGUGUCUGGAUGGAUUGGACCUGUUCACAGGAGCUGCUGACACAAGGGAAAACAGUGCUAAGUAUCUGGAAUAUAUACUUGAUUCUUCUGCAAGCAAGGAGCUGGGCUAUUACUUUACAGCAUGCUGAGGUGUUCCAGAUGCUUGACACCAGGAGGCUUUGCAAAACUUCCUCCACAAGCAGAACUGCCAGUUACAUAUUGCUUGUUAUGCUGAUAUGUAGCGUUUUUAUUAGUCUGUUGCAUAAGAUGUGAUUUUUAUUUUUUUAACCCUCUGAGAUGAACUGACACUGUUUAAAGACAGGAGGAAUUCCUACAUCUUAUACCUGUAAUUAUGGAACUACAAGAAUUGUGAAGUUCUGUUACUCCAUUAGGGAGAAGAUGGGUACUGGUGAGAGUUCCUCUUGUUUAAACACAUGAGGCUUGCUCAAAUGAAAGUUGUCCCUGGAAAAAACCUGUCUGACUAAUAAGGUGGAAGUUUAGUGUGAAAUAGGGAAUAAUGGCUAUGGACACGUGAAGUGAGCUGUAAUGUCACCUGUUUCAGCAAAAGCAGAGAUAAGCAGAACUAAUAUACUGUCUUAAUUGAGGAAAAGCUUUGGUCUUUGUAUUUUAGCACUUUGUUUAAAGCUUAAGUAACUUGUGUAUUUUAAAAUGUUUAACAUCUUAAAACAUGACAUAACAUUCAGCUAGAACUCGUCUCUUGCAGGGUUAUGUCUCUAACAAAACCUCUGCUGUGGGAGUGAGUUGAAGGUCACUUCUUGGCAGCUGCUCUCCUUAAAGCCAGGAAAGGAUGUUGAUUAGCCAGUGGUUAAUAUAGCAGAGAACAGUUUUAAUAGGAUUUCAAAAUGCAUAUUUUAAGUGGGGGUUGUUUUUUUUUUUUUUUCUGGGCUUGAAAGGUAGAGUUUUGGAGGGAGUCAUAGUAGAAGACAGAAGUGUGCACAAACUGAAGAUUAACUUCUCCCUGCCCACACACCUGGCAAGGAGGGUGCUGGCACACUAAAGCAUCAUUUCUGGUGCAGAUGAGCACUGAGGUGUGAUUGUUUGGCCUGCAGCUUCUAGAGCUUCCACUAGAGCUGGGUGAGGGCCUGACUCUGUUGCAGGCUGUGUCCCCCAGCUGCCAGUGCCAGUACCCAGGUGGGGUGCCCAUGAGCAUCGUGUGCUCAGGUUCAGCCCCUUCCUCCUGUGGUAGGACACAGGGGGUGCAGGUGUGGCAGGCUGGCUCUAGCCUUUCCUUGGACACCUCUUGUUCCCCCAGCUGCUGUGUGUCCCCAUCUUGAAGCACUCUUGCUCUUUCCUCAUGCUGCUGUUCUGCAGUGGGUGCCCUGGCACAGACUGUGCUGUGCCACUCGUGCCUCCUGUGUAAUUCCAGCUAUGCCUCAACUGCAUCCUCCACCUUUGUGUGGGUUGAGUUUUUGCUUUUGUUCACCUCCCCAUGCCCCUUGUGCAGGUGGCAGAGGCUGUGGGUACCCUGAUCAUCAGGGCAAGGCUGUCCAUGCAGGCAGGGAUACCCAAGGGGUUGCCUUAAAGCCUGUAUUCUUGGUCAGGGGGCUGGGCUAGGUCCAGUUUGCACUCUCAUGGGUUUUUAGAGAUGCUGCAGUAUGAGGGCUUUGUGUUGCACUGGAGGUUGAGGUGUGGGAUCUGAAAUGCCCAGAAUGUCAGUGGGUUUUACUCUUGGGGUAGACAGCUAGGAAGGAUAUGCCAGGCAUGUCCAGUCAUACACAAUACAUUGAUUUACUGACAGGUUGCAUAAGAGUGAUUAGAUAAUGCAGGCUCAAAUCCUUUAACAUCUCUUAAAAAGUUCCUGUAUUGCUGCAAUGAAAAGAUAAUUUAAAGUGUAAGAGGGGUGAUUAUGCAAAUAAACUUCUAAUUGUGAUUUUAAGAAGCAACUCACUUCACUAUAGUUUUCCUGGAUUUAGGGACUGAAAUCUUUCCAGGUGUAUGGGGGUUUUUUUGGUGCCAAGCUGAGGUUUGAGAUAAAAUGCUAAACAGAACUUAAAGCUGGAAAGGCUAAUCAAUAUUUCAUGUUAGUAUUAAAUAUACAUGAAAUAUUGUGGUUGCCUUCUCAAUGAUGGAACUGUGGGAACAGAAUAGUGGUGGCUUUUGAAGGGCUGGCAGCUGUUUUGAGGCCAAAAGGCGUCUGUCUGUGUAAAUUUUGGAUGUUCUUACUUCCAGCUAAAGCAGAUGCAGGGAUGGGGGCUGGGUCUGGAGGCUGCUAUUUAAAUCAGAAAAGAAGCAGCCAGGACAAAUCUGAGCUGUCAGGCUCUGUCAUGGCUCCCCUUCAGUCAGGGUUGUGAUGAGGCCUUUUUUAACAGAAUAAUAUUUCCAUAUAUACAUGAGGUAAAAAUCUUGUAAUACAAUAAAUAUCCCUUCUUCCAAGUUUUCCAUAAUGUGUUGAUUUUUCUUUCAGAGGGACGGUCUGUCGCUAGAACCCAGUAUGACAACAUGGGAUUUUUUUUUUAAAGAACUCUUUAUUGUGGUAAUUGUACUGCAAGAACAGAGCUCCUCUUCUCUUCGUUAGUCAGUAAAAUGAAGAAUCUGAAGGCUGAGCAGCUUUUUAUACAAGGCUGCCACAAAGCCAUCCUCAAAAUG